AUUUGUUUAAUUUUUUAAUUUUUUUUUUUUAAUCAAUCAUUCUCAAUAUAGUUAAAUUAAAUUUAAUUGUGUUACUAUAUAAAAUUAUAUACAUAUAUAUUUAUAUAUAAAUAACAUUAACACACUUAACACAAAAAACACACUCACACAAACACACUAUUUUAAAAAUAAAUAUUAAUAUAUAUAUAAAUAAUAUAUAAUUAUAUAUAAAAUAAAAAUAAAAAAUAAAUACUAAUCAUUUAUUUUAAAAUUUUUUUUUUUUUUUAUCAUUUUUUUAAAAAUAAAAAUUAAUACAACAUAUUAACAUAUUAAUAUAACAAAUAAUAAUAAUAUUUAAUAUAUCUCUAUUAUUUUUAUUUUUUUAUUUUUUUUUGCCAUAUACAUUAAAUUCAAUUCUUUUAGUAUUUUUUUUGUAUUAUUAUUAAAAAAAACGAAAAGAUUUUGAUAGUCAUUUUUUUUCUUUUUAAAAAAAUUUAAUAAUUGUUUAAUAUAAUUGUACAACACAAACAACAACAAAAACACAAACAACAACAAAAAACAUUAUAUAUUAACAACACAUAAAAAAACUGAUAAAUAAUAGAUUUUUUUAUAAUAAAACAUUUUCUAUAAUAAUAAUAAUAUUGUAAUAACAUAAUAUAAUAUAAAAUAUAUUAUUAUUUUUAUACACCUUAUAAAUUAAAUAUUUUUAUAUAAAGCACACUCACAUUAAAUUUAAUAUAAACACACAUAUAUACAUAUACAUACAGAAAUGAGAUUCAAAUGCUUUGGAUCAGAAGAAACUGAAACCAGUUCAAAAAUUGAUAAAAGUAUCGAAACCGACAGAAGAAAACUUAGAAAGGAUGUAAAAUUAUUAUUAUUAGGUCCAGGUGAAUCUGGUAAAUCAACUAUUUUUAAACAAAUGAAAAUUAUUCAAGAAGAUGGUGGUUAUAGUGUCGAAGAACUUUUAGAAUAUCGUGCAUUCGUUUAUUCAAAUUGUAUUUCACAAAUGGAAGCUUUAUUAACUGCCUCUGCCAAAUUAAAUAUUGAAUUAGAAGUCGAAAAUAAAACCAGAGCAGCCAAUGUUUUAAGAAGAACUAUUGGUAAUGAACCAUGGACUUUAUUAGCCGCUGACAUUAAACACCUUUGGGAAGAUAAGGGUAUCAAAGAAACCUACGCUCAAAAAGAUAAACACUUCCAAUUAAAUGAUUCAGCAGCAUAUUUCUUUGAUAAUAUCGACAGAUAUAUGAGAGAAGAUUUUGUACCAAAUGAACAAGAUGUUUUAAGAUGUCGUGUUAGAACAACUGGUAUUCAAGAAUCAGAAUUUACUUUUGAUAAGAUUAGAUUAAAGAUUGUCGAUGUUGGUGGUCAAAGAUCUCAAAGAAGAAAAUGGAUUCAUUGUUUCGAUUGUGUUACUGCUGUAAUUUUUGUUGCUGCUAUGAGUGACUACGAUCAAGUACUCAGAGAAGAUGAAUCAGUAAACAGAACCAGAGAAUCAUUAGCUCUCUUCAAAGAAAUUGUAAAUUGCGAUUACUUUAAAGAAACUCCAAUCGUUUUAUUCCUCAACAAAAAAGAUCUUUUCAAGGAAAAAUUAAAGAGAGUUCCACUCCAAUCCUGUUUCUCUGAUUACACUGGUCCAAAUAAAUAUAAAGAUGCUGCCAUGUUCAUACAAUCACAAUACCUUGCUCAAGGUCCAUCACCACGUACUAUCUAUACCCAUGCAACUUGUGCUGUUGAUACCGAAAAUAUUAAAUUUGUUUUUAGAGCCGUAAGACAAACUAUUUUAAGUCAAGCUUUAGAACAUUUCUAAAGAAAAGAAAAAAGAUUUUUUUUAAUUUCUUUUCUUUUUUUUUUUAAUAUAAAUGAUAUAUCAACAAAACAUUUUCAUAAAAUAUUUUUUCAUUAAUAAUAGUUUAUAAAAUCAUUACCGCCUCACCCACGUCAAUAUAAUAUAGUCUUUCCUCAUUCCUCAUCUCACUUUCAUCCUCAACAAAACCCCCAUGUAAUAAUACAAAAGGGCAUACUCAAGGUCAAGUAAAUUUACAUUUAUCCUUUUUUUUCCGCUCCGAACUUUUUUUUUUCCAAUAUAGUUAAUAAUAUAAUUAAAUAAUAAUAACAACAACAACAACAACAACAACAACAACAACAACAAUAAUAAACACAUUUUCUCAAAUAUAUAGCCAAAUAAACUAAACAAAUAAUUUUUUUUUUAAAAAAAAAAAAAAAAAAAAAAAGAGAAGAAAAAAAGUUAUUCAAAUUUGCUGUUUCAAUUUUCAAUAUCAAACUUCAUAUAUUUUUAUAGUCAUUUUUAAAUAAAAUUUAAAUCUAUUGUAUAUUAUAAAAAAAAUAAAUAAAAAAACAAUAAAAAAAAAAUAAAUUAGUAAAUUAUUUUUAAUUACU